AUGAACACAGUAACUGACGCCCCUGAGAGUGAUGACACAGUAACUGACGCCCCUGAGAGUGAUAACACAGUAACUGACGCCCCUGAGAGUGAUAACACAGUAACUGACGCCCCUGAGAUAACUGACGCCCCUGAGAGUGAUAACACAGUAACUGACGCCCCUGAGAGUGAUAACACAGUAACUGACGCCCCUGAGAGUGAUGACACAGUAACUGACGCCCCUGAGAGUGAUAACACAGUAACUGACGCCCCUGAGAGUGAUGACACAGUAACUGACGCCCCUGAGAGUGAUAACACAGUAACUGACGCCCCUGAGAGUGAUAACACAGUAACUGACGCCCCUGAGAGUGAUGACACAGUAACUGACGCCCCUGAGAGUGAUAACACAGUAACUGACGCCCCUGAGAGUGAUGACACAGUAACUGACGCCCCUGAGAGUGAUGAACACAUAACUGACGCCCCUGAGAGUGAUGAGACAGUAACUGACGCCCCUGAGAGUGAUGACACAGUAACUGACGCCCCUGAGAGUGAUAACACAGUAACUGACGCCCCUGAGAGUGAUGAGACAGUAACUGACGCCCCUGAGAGUUGUAUGACACAAAGUGAUAACACAGUAACUGACGCCCCUGAGAGUGAUAACACAGUAACUGACGCCCCUGAGAGUGAUAACACAGUAACUGACGCCCCUGAGAGUGAUAACACAGUAACUGACGCCCCUGAGAGUGAUAACACAGUAACUGACGCCCCUGAGAGUGAUGAGACAGUAACUGACGCCCCUGAGAGUGAUAACACAGUAACUGACGCCCCUGAGAGUGAUGAGACAGUAACUGACGCCCCUGAGAGUGAUGAGACAGUAACUGACGCCCCUGAGAGUGAUAACACAGUAACUGACGCCCCUGAGAGUGAUGAGACAGUAACUGACGCCCCUGAGAGUGAUAACACAGUAACUGACGCCCCUGAGAGUGAUAGAACAGUAACUGACGCCCCUGAGAGUGAUAACACAGUAACUGACGCCCCUGAGAGUGAUAACACAGUAACUGACGCCCCUGAGAGUGAUAACACAGUAACUGACGCCCCUGAGAGUGAUAACACAGUAACUGACGCCCCUGAGAGUGAUGAGACAGUAACUGACGCCCCUGAGAGUGAUGAGACAGUAACUGACGCCCCUGAGAGUGAUGAGACAGUAACUGACGCCCCUGAGAGUGAUGAGACAGUAACUGACGCCCCUGAGAGUGAUAACACAGUAACUGACGCCCCUGAGAGUGAUGAGACAGUAACUGACGCCCCUGAGAGUGAUGAGACAGUAACUGACGCCCCUGAGAGUGAUGAGACAGUAACUGACGCCCCUGAGAGUGAUGAGACAGUAACUGACGCCCCUGAGAGUGAUGAGACAGUAACUGACGCCCCUGAGAGUGAUAACACAGAUAACAGUAGCCCCUGGAGUGUGAUGAGACAUGUAGACUGA